AUGGACGACGACGGCGAUGCGGCGUACAGUCCCUUCUCCAGCAGUCACGUGUGGAGCCACACGGCGUCCGCUGAACAUGUGGGCCCCUACGAAUCGUCGCUCUUUGCUCCCCUCGAGCUAGACAUCACCUCGAUCAAGUUCGACCACCCGUAUGCACCGAAACAUGACCUCGACCGCGAGCUCCGACUGCCCGACUUGGACACAUUCGAUUUCGGCCCACUUCCAGAGCUCGAUGGCCUCGACGCGUCCAGCGUCUCCAUCGAGACCCCAGUCCUCGAACCAGACGAGGAUGUUUGGGAGGUCGCUCUCGAACUAGGACCUGCGAACAAGCAUGUCUUGUUCUACACAUGGGAGAGCUUGGAGAACGGCCAGCAAAUCGAAAGUUACACGCCCUACAUCACCGAGCGCGGUCCAGAGGUGUAUGAUGCUGCACUUGCACACGACGAUGGCAAAACACCCGCUGGAAGCGUGGUCAAGGGACAUGUUCUUCUCCAAUCGCUGUGGAAUCUUGGCCUCGGCCGUUCGUCCAUCCUUUUCCACUUCAACCCCAAGCUAAAGAGCUUUGAGUCCACGAUUGCCCAUGGGCGCGCUUCAGGUACCAGUCUGCCUGCAGCACAGAGCUUCCUCGGCCGUUUUGUGCACAUUGGAAACACCUUCCUGUACCUCAGGGCUUUCGUCGAACGCACAUUCGCUUCGACCAACUCAAUCCCAGCACAAGUCGCCCUAGCCACAUCGAUUUCGAGCAUUCUUGGGACACUAGAGAGCCAUCUGGGCAACCACUCGGGAAGCGUGGCAUCACUGCUUCAGCUACAGCGACUGUUCACAAGACCUCGCGAGAUCCUUACCCACGUGGCUCGUAUGACAGACUCUGUCAAACACGCCAAGACGAACGAGCAGCUCGCAUCCAUCCUCCACCACCGGAUACUCGAGGUGGAGGAGAGCAACGGAUAUCUCAGACACAUCUCAGGCAAAAUCUUGAGCCACGUUGCUGCGCCUAGCCUGCGAUUGGUUGGCGAGUGGAUUGGCAUUAGACAAGAGCAGGGGCCUUUACCCAUUCAUGAGAGAGGCAGCUUUGUGGCUGUCGAGGAGGACGCACCGGAACAUGGCCCCCUGGAGUACACCUACCGGUCCGAGAUGAUGCCAAGAUUCAUCACUCCAGAGGAUGGUAAUCUCAUCUUCGACACAGGCAACAGUCUGCGGUUUCUGAAAACACAACAUCUGGACCAUCCACUGUCGAAUUUGGAUAAAUUUGACGUACAGGCUCCGGAACUGGAGUGGAGUUUCGCAUGGCAAGACAUUGAACAGAUCGCAACGAAAGCUAGGAAGUACGAAGAAGCGCUCCGCUCGACGAUUCUCGAGCUUAGUCAAGGCCAGAAAGACGCAAGGCUACAGUCAGCUCACUCCAUUUCUACUAAGGCAAUUGAGCCAGCAGACCAGCAUAGCUCAGAUCUUGAAAGCUUCUUUGAGAAGUCUAUUGAAGAUAUGAAUGCGCAGCCCAGACCACCCAAGGACAGUCUGCCAGACGAACUGCACAUCUUGUUGAACCGUGUACUAGCACACGACCAAGACUGCACCUCCAACACGUUUGCGCCACCAAUGUCCAUUACAUCCGCACUGUCCUUUCGCCCACUCAUCGCCGCUCAAGCAAAACUCGUCAACGCAGCAACUCUUCGUUUGUUCUUCCGGUCUCAUCAAUUGCGGCUCCACUUAUCCCUGCAACGACAAUACCACCUCCUUGGUGACGGUGUCUUCUCGUCGCUCCUGGCUUCCGCCCUUUUUGACCCCGAACGAGAAAGUGCGGAACGUCACAAGGGCAAGAUGCGCAGUGGUGUACACAUGGGACUCCAGCUUGGCUCACGCACCGCGUGGCCUCCAGCAAGUUCUGAGCUACGGCUUGCUCUUCGUGGAGUUCUGAGCGAAAGCUACUACUCUUCUGCCCUCUACUUUUCCACUCUUACCGCAAGCCCAGCCCCGUCAGCGAACAACACGAUCUACGGCAGGGACACCGACUCUCUUCCUGGACAACUAAAUUUCGCGAUCCGCAACUUGACUGAAGCUGAACAAACUCUCGUCAUGGAUCCGUUUGCCCUUCCGGCUCUCGACUUUUUACGCCUUCAAUACGUUCCUCCUCCCCCUCUGCACUUGGUCAUCACAAGCACAUCUCUGGAGAAGUACGACACGAUUUUCAAAUCGCUCCUACGCUUGUCGCGCACUCUUUUCGUCGUAUCCCAUCUACCACGUCGAUACGAGAGUCCCACAGCCCGCAGAUUUAGAAAUGAAGCGCACCACUUUGUGAACACGUACACAAAUUAUGUCUUCCAGAGCGGGAUCGCUGAGCACUGGAAUGAGUUCGACGCUUUCGUGUCUGCACUUGAGGGGAAGCUUGGCGAAGAGGACAAAGCUGGUGAGCUAGGUAUACGUGUUACCGAGGGCAUCUCUACGCUGAGAGAUGCGCACGAGAAGUGCUUGGAUAGCAUCAUGUUUUCUCUGCUUCUCCGGCGCAGGCAACGCAAAGUGGUCGCACUAGUGGACGAGGUCUUCGAGUGUGUGCUGGCAUUUGCGAAGUUGCAGAGAGGUGAAGCUAGUGCAGACGAUGAAGAUAAAGGAGAUGCUGCUACAGUUGAGGAGCUGUAUGCCAAGCUCAAGGUCAAGAUCAGGGUGUUUCUGAGCGUUUGUAGAGGGUUGACAGGAAAGAAAGGAUAUGGGCGGAAGGGCACGACAGAGGAGAACAGCAUCGAGAGGCUGGUAGUUGCGAUGGAGAUGAACGAGUACUUUGCUAGUUCUUAA